UGCCAGUCUGCCAUACAUACAUUCACGUUUCCACUUUGUGACUAUUUCAACGGCCGAGAAAUAGCCAGUAGUUGACAGAAAAAUCGUCAUCCCUGGCUCUCAGAACAUUCAGAGAGGCUCGAUCCUCCGGAACUCCCUAGCAUUAUCCAUCUCACGACCACGCAAUCAAGUUUGCGGAAAUAAGCUAUCAGGGUUAUCAGAACACUUGAAUCAAUAGCAAUGCCUGAACUCGAGAACCGAGAGGACGUCGUUACUGAGCAAUGGCACCAAAUAGCUGACGCAAUCAAAACGACCACUUGGGAAGCUUUCCAAAAAGGCUCAUCUUCCUUCCCCUCCAAUGCCGCCUUUAGAUCACAUUGGUAUAGCAUUUUCACUCAACUCGAAGAGUCUAUUCUAUCAGAUCAGAAUAUUCCCGAGUUCUUGACGUCUCCGCCCAUCAAGAAUCUCACAAUCACGGUCAUCGAAAUGCAAGAUUGGCUAGGCAACUGCCCAUGCUGUUGGCUUCAGGAUCAGGAGACCGAAAUUGCUUUACAGAAUGAUAGCGGAGUCACUAAGGGUGAUUUUAUACGAGCUCUGAAGGAGCACUUGUAUGGCGAGAUUCCAGAGACGAAUGGUGAAGAUUUGGAAUCUUCAAGCUUCUGGUCACUUAUGUAUUCGUCAUCUAGCAGGACUCAUGAAGAAGUGCCUUAUAUUUUUAUUAAGUGCUGUGAGCAGGGAGAGUUAAGGAAGAUCAAGGAGAGGGAGAAGCGCCAAUAGAUAAAGGAAGACGGAUUGGUAUCUUUGUAUUUAUUACGAUUCAAAGUAAG